CUCCUCCCUCCAGCAGUCAGUCCCGAGUACAUGGCGACUGCGGCAAAGAGCUGGCGACGAGACGUAGGGCAAGUAGAGAGGACGUGUGGGCUUCCCCAGCUUCCUAGCCGUCGUAUAUCACCUUACCGUAUGACUCUGCAAAGGCCUGUUUUCUGGGAAUAAAAUGGAUGGCAGCUUUGAUUGUGAUUGUGGUGAGCUGGAGCCACCUGAUCAUUAACAGAAGACUUCUUAAUUCAAGAUCUGCCACGGUUUUCCUCUUUCAAUGCACUGUAUAGAAACAACAAAACAAAAUAAUUUAUAGUGCUUACCGGCACCAUAUGAUGACGCUGCUCAGGACCAGUUCAACACUGAAUGUAUCUGCACUGUGAGGAGGAUGUUGAUAAAAGCCUUUUUCGCUCGUAUUUAUUCACGUUUUUGUUAAAUGUUAACUUGUUUUGCACAAUAAGAGCCGUGUGCAUGUUUUGUCAUUUCAUUCCUUUUUCACUUCCUAAGAGUGUUUUUGUUUAUAUCUGCGGUAAUGCUGCAUCUCUUGUGAACUAUGAAUCGUUUCGUUAGUCUACGCUCAAAAUUGUGUAGCGUUUGGGUUGUUCUGUGUGGGAUACACCAGGCCUGGUAAGCUGAUAUGCAAUGAAUAUAGGAAGAAACAGUCCUAAAUAGUAGGGUUUUUUCCAAUUUUUUUUUUGUUUUCGUUUUUUUUUGUUUUUUUUUCCGGGGGGGUUUCAAUUUAUGAAAUCUUAUACCAGCAGUGGGUUUUUUCCCUCAGACAUUUAGUAAGAGCUAAACGUUUGAGAGGAAGUGAAGUCGCCAAAAUGGCAGAAAAAUUUGAAAGCCUCAUGAACAUUCACGGAUUUGAUUUAGGAUCCCGAUAUAUGGACUUAAAACCUCUCGGCUAUGGUGGAAAUGGCUUGGUUUUUUCUGCUGUUGAUAAUGACUGUGAUAAGCGGGUGGCUGUGAAAAAAAUUGUUCUAACAGAUCCUCAGAGCGUCAAACAUGCGCUGCGUGAGAUCAAAAUUAUCCGGAGACUUGAUCACGAAAACAUUGUCAAAGUUUUUGAAAUUCUCGGUCCAAAUGGAUGUCAAUUAACUGAUGACGUGAGCUCCUUGACGGAGCUGAACUGCGUUUACAUCGUUCAAGAGUACAUGGAGACUGAUCUGUCCAAGCUGCUAGAGCAAGGCCCCUUACGAGAAGAGCAUGCAAGGCUCUUCAUGUAUCAGAUACUGCGUGGGCUUAAAUAUAUCCAUUCGGCUAAUGUGCUGCAUAGAGAUCUGAAACCAGCAAAUCUCUUCAUAAACACCGAAGAUCUGGUGGUGAGGGUUGGAGAUUUUGGCCUUGCGCGUAUCAUGGAUCCUCACUAUUCUCAUAAGGGGCAUCUAUCUGAAGGACUUGUCACAAAAUGGUAUAGAUCACCUCGUCUCUUACUUUCUCCAAACAAUUACACUAAAGCAAUUGACAUGUGGGCAGCUGGGUGCAUUUUUGCGGAAAUGUUGACUGGGAAGACCCUUUUUGCAGGUGCACAUGAACUUGAACAGAUGCAGCUGAUUCUGGAAUCCAUUCCAGUCGUGCACGAAGAAGACAGACAAGAGCUCCUCAGUGUAAUCCCAGUCUACAUAAAAAAUGAUAUGUCAGAGCCACAUAAGCCUCUAACAAAAUUACUUCCAGGCAUCAGCCCUGAAGCAUUGGAUUUCCUGGAACAAAUUUUGACGUUUAGUCCUAUGGACAGACUAACAGCAGAAGAAGCCUUGUCCCACCCAUACAUGAGCAUAUAUUCCUUCCCAACUGAUGAGCCAAUUUCCAGCCAUCCAUUUCAUAUUGAAGAUGAGGUAGAUGAUAUAUUGUUGAUGGAUGACAGCCACAUCUAUAACUGGGAAAGAUAUCAUGAAUGCCAGUAUUCAGACCAUGAUUUGCCUAUACAUAAUAAUUUUGAAGCUGAUGAAGUUCAGCGUGAUCCCAGGGCUCUGUCUGAUGGCAGUGAUGAGGAAGAAGUUCAAGUAGACCCUCGCAAAUAUCUGGAUGGGGAUUGUGAAAAAUAUCUGGAUGACCCUGCAUUUGAUCCCUACUUUUCUACUGAACCUUGUUGGCAAUAUUCAGACCAUCAUGAAAACAAAUAUUGUGAUCUGGAAUGUAGCCAUACGUGUAAUUACAAAAUGAGGUCAUCCUCUUACCUAGAAAAUUUAGUUUGGAGGGAGAGUGAAGUUAAUCAUUAUUAUGAACCAAAACUUAUAAUAGAUCUUUCUAACUGGAAGGAGCAAAAUAAGGAGAAGGUAGAUAAGAAGGGCAAAUCUAAAUGUGAAAGAAAUGGCUUGGUGAAGGCUCAGAUAGCACUUGAAGAUGCUUCACAGCAGCUGGUUGAGAAAGAAAGGGAAAAGCGUAGCGAGUUUGACUUUGAUUCAUUCAUAGCGAGCACUAUUCAGCUUAGUAUGCAACAUGAUUCUUGCAGCGUUGACAAACUUAAUGAUUUAAAUAGCUCUGUUCCUCAACUUGAAUUGAAGAACUUGGUUUCAAAGUCUGUAAGCCGGGAAAAACAGGAGAAAGGAAUGGCCAAUUUGGCACAGUUGGGUGCCCUUAACCAAAAUUCCUGGGACAGCCAGCUUGUAAACGGUGAAGACAGUUUCCUUAUUGAUCAGUUUUGUUGCGAAGUAAGGAAAGAUGAUCAUGUCGAAAAGGAAAACCCAUACACAAGUUACUUAGAUAAUUUUUUUAGUAAACGAGAUGAGUCAGAAGUAUUGGAACCAGAACCAGCAGUAGAGCCAGACGUUGGUGGCAAAGAAAGAGAUGAAGGGUUAUUUAGCUUUAGUGGAGAUAUCCUACUUAGUAAGCAGCUUGAAUGCAUAGGUAUUCCUCAGUUUCACAAUCCUGUUGGCUCGCCUCUUAAAUCGAUACAAGCCACGUUGGCACCUUCUGCCCUAAAAUCAUCUCCUAAAAUCCCCCACGAAACGUACAGCAGCAUUCUGAAACAUCUAAACUAAAACACUUGCUUUUUCUUUUUUUCAUUCUUCAUAUGUUGUCUUGUUUGUUGUUUUUUUUAUUUUUUUGUGUGUCCACCAUAUGAUUUUUUUAAAAAAAAUAUUUUUUACCAUUUACGUUUAUCAUAUUUUUUUAGAAUCUAAAACACACUUUUUAUGGCAAAAAGCAUCCUACAAAUUGGCACUUUUGGCAUAAAAUAUUUGUUUUUGAGGGGUAAAAUCCCUGUAAGCAUCGGUGCAGUGUGCACUCGGGAGCCCCCGUCUUUGUGUGGAAUGCAGGAAUAAGGUUACAAUGGGAAUCGGCAGGAUCCCGCAAACCAGGCCAUUCUCCUCCACAGAAGAUGGCAGACCUCCUGGUGCUGCAGUCUAAAAAAAGAAAAAAAAAAACAUUUUGUUGAAAAAAAUAUAAAAAAAUAUUGUCUUAUAUUCUGAGCUAUAUAGAAGUUUUUACAAGAAUUACUUUCUAAAACAUUAAUUUUAAACUGGUAUGGCAUUUGCACACAAUAAAAUGCAAUGCGGACACAGGAACAUGCACUAAAUGAAGUAUAAACAUCAACUGAUCUGUUUUUCAACUUUCUUUUUUUAACUUGCCUUGAUAUUUACACAGUGAGAUAUGUUAUAAAUGCAUGGAAAUGUCCAGUUUUUGGACUCCUCCUCUCCACUUUCUUUGAAAUUCCCUAAACAUGGAGCAUUGUUCAGUUAUUCAUAUCCAUUUCUUUGAACACAUGAUACCAGCAGCAACUAAAGAAUUCAGAUCUUGGUAUGCAUGUGUUAUCUACCUCAAGGUAACAGCAGUAUGUGACCAUCCAUUUAGCCACAUGUAGUGCUAUCCAUCACACACCUCCUAUUAAGCCAGCAUUAUUGUCAGUAGCUACUCAUGAGAACUUUGUAAAAUAUUUAUAAAUGUUCUAGACUGCGUUCUAUGUAGUGAAGUGUUUCAUAUGCAGUAUUUUUAUUUAUUAUAUCACCCAGUUCUGUAUUUAAAAUCAUUGUUUUAAAGCCCACUUUCAGAAAACUGUUAAGUAUGGCUUAUGGGCUACAUUGUCAAGUAUUCAACCUGCAUAUUGGCUUCCAUGCCUCAUCUUUCCUCCAACUUCAUCCCUGCCCAAGAAGUUUUCAUUUCAAGGAAAUUACUCACUGUGUAUAGGAAUUUAUAUUUUCAAAGUGCUUGACCAAUCUCUACAAAAUAAAUAGGAACGGCUUUAAUCUGAAAUAUUCCUAGAGCCUUUUUUUUUCUUAAUUUUGUAAUGCUAAGUGUGCAUGGAAGUAAUUAUGGUACAAUAUUACUGUUAGAUUUGUGUAUGUAAGAAUUUUUUUUCUUGGAUUUUACUGUAUGUUUUUACCAAUUUUUGUUUUAUUUUUUGUUUGUCUGCAUGAAGAAGAGUAUAGCAUGUAGUAGCUCAAUUCUCUGGAAACUUGUUUUGCCUCUGAAUUUUGCUUACUAUUUAUGUAAUAUUGGUUCCCCUAUUUAAAGAAAAAUAAAGGCCAGCAAAGUAUUGGAUCGUUUGUACAAUUCUCCGCAAA